GUCUGGGAGUAGGCAUUCAACUGGAAAGAGCUCACUACGCCAGUCUGACUCUCCUGCUUUCACUGGCUAUCAGAAAGCAGUAACUCAUAUUUCUGCCUGAGCAAUGGAAGGAGUAGUUACAAGACACUGGCUGGAAACUCCUGUACGUUAUCAGGAGCAGUUUGCUGUCCAAGAUCUGGAAGCAUGCAAGUUGGAUCACUCUUUAUAUGCUUUGCCAGGCCCAUCCACAGCUGAGGUGAGAAGCAGACAUGCAGCAAAAAGUACGGCUACAGCAGAGAAGGACAGCACGGAGGAAGGCAAACCCAGCUUUCAGGUCUUACUGGAUGUUGUGCAGUUCUGUCCUGAAGAUAUCAUCAUUCAGACUUUUGAAGGCUGGCUCCUGAUCAAAGCUCAGCAUGGACGUAGGAUGGACGAACAUGGUUUCAUAUCCAGAAGCUUUAUUAGACAAUACAAAUUACCUAAUGGAGUCAAGAAAAAAGAUUUGUCUGCUCUCUUCUGCCAUGAUGGCAUUUUGGUUGUUGAAAUUAAGAGCUCAGAGGGAAUGGAUUAAAGUCUUGUUAAUUGUUAUUGGUGAGAUAAUAUUAUUGCUAAUGUAACUCAAACAAUUCUUUGCAAUGUAGCCAUGCAUGUGAAGUUGUUGGCUUGUAUUUACAAUGGAGAUAAGAACAAAACUUUGCAUAUAUUUUCGGCAU